AUGGACACAAUGACUGACUUUUCUACCUCGUUCGUAUCACGGGCUGUAGAUCGCGUCUUCGUCCAUGCCUUAAAUACAGUGAAGAGGAUUCCGCGGACGGGGACCGCGCGACCCCCGGCCGCGGAGCGCUUGAAGCUUUAUGGAUUGUAUAAGCAGAGCAUGGAGGGUGAUGUCGAAGGCGUCAUGGCUCGCCCCGUGGGGAAUACCCCGGAGGUACAUGCCGAGUGCGAAAAGUGGGAUGCUUGGUACGCUCAGCGCGGACUCACCCGCACCGAAGCCAAACGCCGCUAUAUCGGCACACUCAUCGAUACAAUGCAUUGCUAUGCCUCGCAAACGCCCGAAGCGCGCGAGCUCGUCUCCGAACUGGAAUUCGUCUGGGAUCAAAUCAAAUACAACGCCUCUUCGUCCUCCUCGUCCUCUCCACUCAACGCCGUCGGAGUCCCGCCCUUAUCGCAUCAUCAGGGUAGCGCAUACGGUAGCAUCGGUGGACGUCUUGCACAAUCAUCGUCAUCGGACCGUUAUGAGAGACCUGAUCUCCGAGCCAACGAUACCCGCGAUUCAAGACUGCGCGUCUUGAGUCCUGUCAGCCAACCGGAGGAAGAAGCAUAUUACCGUCGGCGACGGUCCGCAGACGCACUUCGUCACGACAAUGACAACGACGUUGACGAGGACGAGGAGGACGAUGACGAAGAUGAAGAUGAAGAAUAUGAAGAGGCUCGUGAUAGCUUAUACGAACCAGAAGAAGACCACGACUCUUCCACCACCGACACCCACACCCACACCCACACCGACACAGAAAACCAUUCCCACUCUCACAGCAACGCCGACCCUCAGACCGAUUCACACUCUCACAACAAUGACCAGAACCACAACCACAAUCAGAACCCCGUCCGACGCAAAUCCUCCUCUGGCGUCAGCGACGGCACAAGCCUGCACUCCCCCGACUCUCAAGACCCUUCACAUCCCCGCAGCCGCCGAUGGCGCCGUCGCGUAGAACAAGCCCUCACAAAAAUGACGGCCGAAAUUGCCGCCGUCCGAGAGCAAAUGGAGGCCCGCACGCUCGUGCAUCGUCGUCGCGCCGGGAUCUGGGCCUGGCUCAAGUGGAUGCUAUGGGCGGUCAUGCGCCAGAUCAUCUGGGAUGUGGCGCUGCUGGGAGGCCUCUUGAUCUGGAUGCGGAUGAGAGGUGAUCGAAGGCUCGAGGAGCGAUUGCGCGAGGGAUGGUCUGCUGUGCGGGCCAAAUUGGGGAAGUUGAGAGGGUUGAGAGGGGUACCCAGUGCACCAUAG